UCUCUUCUCUCUCCCUCUCUCCCUCUCUCUCCCUCUCUCUCCCUCUCUAAUCUUUUUUUCCUAUAUACUUGGAGCUAGGAGACAUCGUGCCGUUUUUAUUUGAAAGGCUAGACGAGAAGAGAUGGAGUUGAAAGUUAGAAGGGAUGAGUUCGUGCCGUUUGUAGCAAUGGCGAUAAUGGAAGCAUGCACUAUUGCUCUAACGAUUAUGGCAAAGACGGCGUUGACGGGAGGAAUGAGUCCUUUUGUGUUCGUCGUUUACACAAAUGCUUUUGGAUCUAUUCUUCUUCUGCCUUUUUCUUUCUUCUUCCACAGGAAUGAGAGAACUGAACAAUCUAUCUUCUCUUGGCCACUUCUCGUUCGUGUUUUCUUUCUAGGCUUCACCGGGAUAUUUAUGUUCCAAAACUUGGCAUUUGUGGGACUAAGCUUCAGCUCACCCAUAGUCGUAUGUGCAAUGGGGUUGCAAAUCCCUUCCUUCUCCUUCCUACUCUCUAUUGUUCUCGGAAGAAGCAAGUUGGAUUGGAGAAACACAAGUACGAGGGCUAAAAUGAUGGGAACAAUAAUCUCAUUAAGCGGAGCUUUUGUUGAAGAGUUGUACAAAGGUCCCUUCAUAAGACCAGCUUCGUCUGCUUCCCCAACUCGUUUUCUUAAAUCAAUCCCUAAACUUUUGGUCUACUACAACCUCCCCGACAAUUGGUUUCUCGGCUGUAUCUUUUUGGCCGCCGCUGUUUUUUCUGUCUCCCUCUUCAAUGUUGUUCAGACAGGGACGGUAAAAAAGUAUCCACAUGUAAUGAAAGUGGCUUCGUUUUACAGCAUAGUUGGGACGAUCCAGUGUGUGAUGUUCUCGUUAUAUAUGGAAAGAGACCUAAGUGCAUGGAAGAUCCAGCCUAACUUCGAUCUUUACCUCAUUAUCGCCACGGGAACAUUCGGAAGUGUGAUACGAACAAGUGUACACGUAAAGUGCACCCAAAUGAAAGGACCUUCUUACGUGCCAUUAUUCAAACCCUUUGGUAUCUUUUGGGCAACACUCUUUGGCACCAGCUUCUUCGUCAACAGUCUUCAUUACGGGAGUGUGUUAGGAGCAGCCAUAGGUGGUGUGGGAUACUACACAGUGUCUUGGGGACAAUUGAAGGAAAUCGAAGAAAAACAGUAUCCAAACGAAGAAAGAAAAUCCAUCAAAACUAUUCAUCACGAAGAAGAUGAAUACAAAGUUCCAUUGCUUACUAAUCAGGAAGACAGUCCUGUGUGAAUUUUGUAUUCUGUAUUUAUUUUUAAGAAGAAUUGAGGGUUCAUAUAUUUUUGGCCCCUUUCCUCUUUUUAUGGCGUGAAUAAGAAGAAAUGCGUGUGAGAGUGUGUUAAGUGGUCAGUGUCAAUGGGAGAUUGCUGAAGUAGGCUUUUUGGUCCGAAAAGCAAAACCUACCCAAUGUAUAUACAUGUCUUUGAAUAGCUAGAGCUCUCUCUUAUGUUUCUAUGGAAUGAAUAAUCUCCGAAUCAAGGAUCGACUAUUGUAUUCACGCUUUGAAUCUAUUGUAAAUAUACAGUAUGUAUUGAAGUUAUUCAA